AUGUGUGUGUUGAUUGCUCUAUUUUCCCCUUUUAAAGUUUCAUGUUCUUCUUUUCUUUUUUUUCUUUUCGGCCGUUUUUUUUCUUUUUGCUGGAUUUUUAUUUGUGGGCAUAUGUGUUUGGUUCCCGCUCUCUCUCUCUCUCUCCCUCUCUUUUUUUAUAAUUUCCUUUUGGUUCGUUUUUUUGACGUGUGUUCCGUGUGGUUGCUCAGUUUCGUAUUGUUUCCUUUGAGACCGCUCGGCUUACUCAUCAUUUCAUUUCAUUCCUUCGCAGCUGUUUUACGACUCAUUUGUUGUUAUUGCUGUUAUGUUACUGUUAUUAUUAUUAUAAUUAAAAAGUUAUAUACCUCAUAUGUUUCUCUUCAUUUUUUUUUAAAAAAAAGAGAGCCGGAUUUAAAAAAAAGGGAGGGGGAAGUAUCGGCGAUUUGA